AUGGAGGAAAAACACAUCUUCACCGAUGCUGUCGCGUUUCAUCCUCAGGUGGUCCAAUCAAGUGUACGAGGCUUGGUGACGCCGACGGCCAUCACAACGACAGCCAAACCGCUGACACUGGAUCAAUUGCAAAAAGUCAUCAAGCUGUAUGGCCCAAUUCUCAAUCUCCAUCCCGAUGAAAAAUACGUCAAUACGUCCAUCGAAGAAUUCUUGAGUCAUUGUGUGCUCGUCGACAAAAAGGCGAAAUCGCGAGUGCAAGCACCGAAAGCCGAUCAACUACCCCAGAGGGGCGGCGACGGCCAAUUCUAUUUGGACCUUGCACUGGACGGGAAGAAAGGCGACUUCUCGACCGCAAAAGCAUACGUCCGUGCUUUCUGGCAAUCUGGCAUGCCGUACACGGAUCUGCAAUUCUGGUUUUUCAAUGCCUACAACGGACCGGGAACCCUCCAUAUCGACGGGCUUAUGAUGGACAGCAUCACAAGCUCCGGUGAUAUCAACGUGGCGCCACUCGGCGAACAUGUGGGGGACUGGGAAAUGUGCAUGGUUCGUGUCGACAAUUCGACGCUGAAGAUCAUUAGCAUCUGGCUUUCACAACAUGCCAAAGGUCAAUUCUUCACCGGCGACCAGAUUGAUCGAGCUUUCAAAUUCCAGGGAACUCAACCCAUCAUCUUCUCCUCUCGCAAUGGCCACGCAAACUUUGCUCACGCAGGGUCCAAUCCAACAGAAUCCAAGAAGAUUGGAGGCAUACCCGCCGGCUUUGACUUUUUCGUCCGCAAUGACACCGCCACCAGUGACCAUAAGCUGGAUUGCUCCAAGAAAUACGAACUCAUUUCGGCCGACUGGGUUGGAGUGAAACCUCCUGCUUGGAUGACCUAUCCAUUCCGCUGGGGACCAGAAGGAACUUCAACUCAUCUUAGUCCAAGUGCAGUUGCUGAUAUCGUCAGAGCAGCAGCAGGGGAUGAGCUCUCCGAAUUUCUUCCUCUAGCCGCUGGGACAAUUCUGGCUGGAGAAAUUCUUCCGCAUUUUGUGAAAAGCGAUAUCAACGGCCCGACUUCGCCAAGUCGCCACGGAAGUUGGAUGGGUAUCUACCCUGUCUACUAA